CGGCCUGGCGCUGCGCUCCGCGGCGGCUCUCUGGAGGGGCUGCGGCCGCGGCCGGGCGGGCCGCGGCCGUUAGCCUCGCCCUCCCCGGCAGCGGGCCGGGCCCAGCCUCGCUGGGCUCACACCGAGGUCUUCUGUGAGCAUAUUUCGAUUCCUUCGUCCGCGCUAGUGUCGCUGAGGGGCCUCGGAGCACGUCUGCGAAGCACCGCGGUGCAGAGGGGGCUGAGCUGCCACGUACUAAAGCAGGGAAAAAAAAAAGAAAAAGAAAAAGAAGAUUGAUAAAGACAACAAAGAUAAAAUCUGGAUGGGGGAUAAAGUAAUACUAAGUUCACUGGAAGUUCUGUGUUCAUCUGACAUCCCACCAUUUGUGUAAACCUGGAAGCUUCUUUUAAAGCUAGUAGCAUGAGAUAUGUCUGUUUUAAUCUACAACUGCAAAGAGUCCUGUACAAAGCAAAAACAUACGGCAACAGGAAAAUACAGGAAAGGUACUUUGUGCUGGACUUUGAAACUGGGAUUCUGCAGUAUUUUGUGAAUGAACAAAGUAAAAACCAGAAGCCACGAGGAACCUUGUCUUUAGCUGGAGCUAUAAUAUCACCCAGUGAUGAAGCGCCACACAUGUUGGUGGUCUACUCUGCUAAUGGAGAGAUGUAUAAGUUGAGAGCUGCUGAUGCAAAGGAGAAGCAGUACUGGAUAACUCAGCUUCGAUCUUGUGCCAAACAUCACACGGAAGGUAAUUCUAAGAACAUUUCAUCCUCACGAAGUAGAAGCUCGUCUCUUCUGCCGCCUGGGACAGUUAAUUCUGCGUCUCCCAGUGGUCACAAGCAUAUGAAUCAAGGUGGGCCAACCGUUGUUACCAUCACGCAUCACAAAUCCCCUGCAGCUGCCCGAAAAGUUAAGAGCCAACGUUCUGGUCAACUCCAUGAAGUCAAAGAGAUCAUGAGCCAAGUAGAGGGACAACAGAAGAAUCUUGUACAAGCCAUUGAAGCUCUUCCAAGUUCUGGGCCCCUUUCUGCCUUGGAUCAGGACUUGCUGCUUUUAAAAGCUACCUCUGCUGCCACCCUGAGCUGCCUUGGAGAAUGCCUGACUUUACUACAGCAGAGCAUGCAUCAAGUGGGUCAGCACCAUAAUAGGACAUUGUCAUCAGAAGGUAUCCUGGGAUGGCCUGGCCCCAAGUCACAUUCCAUGGAGCAAAUGAAGAAUGGUGCCCUCAGCUCAUUAUCAUCUGCUAGUGCGAACAUUACAUGGGCAAUAGUACCGUCAGCGGCCCAAGAUGGGCAGACACUCCAGCCAAAUGCAGAGCAUUCAGCUUCUGAGUUGAUCCUAGUUGAAGAUGAAAUGACAGAUACUGAAGAUAAUGAAGAGGAGGAUUUAGGAGUCAUGGAUGAUCAACGUAGUGUAAUUCUCCAUCUCAUCUCUCAGCUCAAACUUGGCAUGGACCUUACCAGGGUAGUGCUUCCAACAUUUAUUUUGGAGAAAAGAUCCCUGCUGGAGAUGUAUGCAAAUUUCAUGGCCCAUCCAGACCUGUUUUUGUCAAUUGCAGCUGGAGCCACCCCCGAGGAAAGAAUUAUCUGCUUUGUGGAGUAUUAUCUCACAGCUUUUCACGAAGGCCGCAAGGGAGCCGUUGCCAAGAAGCCCUAUAACCCCAUAAUUGGCGAAACCUUUCAUUGCUCCUGGGACGUGCCUACGGACAAAGUGAAACCGUUCAGAACUAACGGGGCGGUUUCUAAGGACCCAGCCAAGGAGCUUGGCCAGGAGCAGUCCGCGUGCUACAAGCUGAGGUUUGUGGCUGAGCAAGUGUCCCAUCAUCCACCGGUAUCUUGCUUUUACUGUGAGUGCAAAGAGAAGAAAAUGUGCGUGAACGCUCACGUAUGGACCAAAAGCAAGUUUAUGGGCAUGUCAAUAGGUGUUUCUAUGGUAGGUGAAGGUGUUCUUCACUUGAUGGAGCAUGACGAAGAGUAUGUUUUCACACUGCCUAGUGCCUAUGCUCGCUCGAUACUCACCAUCCCCUGGGUGGAGCUCGGAGGUAAAGUCAGCAUCAACUGUGCCAGGACUGGCUAUUCUGCUACGGUCACGUUCCACACCAAGCCGUUCUACGGAGGAAAAGUCCACAGGGUUACAGCAGAAGUGAAGCAUAAUCCCACUAACACCAUUGUGUGCAAGGCACAGGGAGAAUGGAAUGGUACACUGGAAUUUACUUACAGCAAUGGAGAAACCAAAGUGAUUGACACUACCAAACUACCUGUUAUCAGGAAAAAGAUUAGACCAAUAGCAAAACAAGGUCCACUGGAAUCAAGGCACCUUUGGCAACACGUCACCAAUUCUCUGAAAGAAGGUAAUAUUGAUGCAGCAACGGAACACAAGCACCGUCUUGAAGAGAGACAGCGAGCAGAGGAGAGGCAACGUAUGGCUCUUACAACACCAUGGAAACCAAAAUAUUUUGCCAAAGAGGGUGACGGCUGGCUGUACUUGAAUCCUCUCUGGAAGACCCAUUGACAAGAUAGAGCUGUUGUCUCACAAAAUUUACCUUAAAGGAAUUAAAAUGAUACAGUAUAUAACUUUAAGAUGUCAUUGAAUAGUUCCUGUUACCAGAAGAUAUGAAUGAGAAGCUAUAUACUGUGAAUGAUGCGUCUCAAAAUAACCACAAGCUCAAGUUUAUUCAGGAGCCAUUUUGUGUGUAUGUAUAAAGACACACACAUGCACACUUACAUAUAUACACACACGUAUGUACACACUGUGUGUAUAUAUGUGUUUGUGUGUGUAUUAUUCACACUACAUGUAAACAAAGUAUAAACACUAACAGUGAUUUAAAGACCUCAUCCUCUAAGUAAGUGUUAGGGCAUAAAACUCUCACUGGAAUCAAAUCGGGUUCCCUGAGUUGUGUGCUUGCAGGAUCAGGCCCUAUGUUAGUAUUUAAAAAUACUUUUUUAUUAGUACUGGUUAAGGUUUUCUAUUUUUCACUUUUGCCAAAAAUGUUUUGCACUUGAAAUGUGAUGUGUCACUUAAUGGCAGCCUUUCAGUCUAAACAGUCAUUGAGUAACUCACUUUGACAUAAGAAUGAUACACUGACUACACUCUCUUUGGGAUGUUGACUUAACAGCAUGUUUCCUGUCACUAUAAAUGUGAAUUUUCUGCCAUCUUAUAAGAAGUAGCAAUACCUUCUUGAGAUCUUUGUUCACACUAACCCGUUGUGUCCUCGCUCCUUGGUUUGGUCAUUCUUCGAGAUGUUCAGUAGCUCUCUGGUCACUCGUGAGCCACCUGCUCUGAUAGUUUGGGUCUAGCUGGGUCCAACCUCCUUGGCUAUUGUCAUGCUGGUGCUGUUGGGUUAUCCUGUCUUAUCUGGUCUCUUAAAUCACUUCUGGUGGAUGGAGCUGUGGUAUUCAGCCUUGUCCUCGCCUCAGCUUUCCACUCUUGGAGAAAAAGCAGCGUAGCAUGACGGUAGCCCGUGUCCGAGCCACCCCAGUUUGCAGCCUGAGUGCUGCUCCGAUGGGCGCGAGCCUUCCCCGCCGGUGGAGACGCAGAUUUCUUACGCUGCUGCUGUGAGGCUGGCAAGAGCUUAAAUGGUCACAGCCCUGGAUCCCGUAUCAAAGCUCCAAGCAGACCUGUCUUGAUUUCUUUUGCUUUUGGCCCAGUUGAUUGCUUUCUGAUGUGAUGCUUUCUCAUGAGGAGAAAUGAUAUAACCAGUGUUCCCAGAUGAAUGAUUUUUCUGAUGUAAGAGUCACUAUUUAUAAAUUACUACACUGAAAUAAGAGCAUUAUUAAUGAAACAAAUGAAACGGGACAUAAUUUGUUUUCUAAAGUAAGCAAACAAUCCUGUAGUUUGAUCUUGCUUCAUAAGGUGACCACUGUGACACUAUGAAAGUGAAUUCUAAAAAUUUGAAGUGUUAAAGCUUAGUUGCAUUUUAAAUUAGUAUUUGUUAAAAGAUGUUUUUGAAAAAAGUGAUAAAAAGAGACAAAUGUAAAACGUGCUGACUUCUGCUCAGUGCUUCUUUUUACAGUGCCCCUUUAAAAGAAAAAAAACAAAAAACAACCACUAUAUUUCUAGUAUACAGUAGCAUGGAUGCCUACCUUUCUGUAGUACUCAUUAAUUCUGUGCCUUUUGUCUGCUUUCUUAAUAUAACAGCUUAUGCUUUGUAGCUAUUACUCAGAUAUAUUUAAGUCGAAGUACUGCUUAUAUCUGUUCUGGUGACUUGCAUUUUCUAAUACUUUAUUUUUUGGUAGAUAUUAAAACCCUUGGGCAACUGAAGAGGCUAAAUAGAGGUGUUACAUAAGGAAACAUCCCAUUAGUUGUUCAUUUGGACAUGACAUUUAAUAGAUCUUUAAAUUUUGAAUUUCAGAUCCAUAUUAAAUGAGCUGUAAUCUCCUUUUCCUCCUAAAUGCUAUUUUGUCUGCUUGUAUAUACUUUUUCUUGCACAUUAGAAAGAUUAGUGUGAUUAAUGACUUAAAUCCUAUUUUUUAAAAAAAAACGCAGACUGUAUGAGCUUGGUUUUGUAACUGACUUUUUUUUUUAAGAAAAAAUUAUUUUUAGGUACAGUUAAUGUUUUUCUGUAACAACAUAAAAACGAUGCUCUUGCAGUAAGCACUGAACUAUUUACCAAGUAUCAUCAGGAAAUCUCAUACUUUAUCAGCUGCAAGAAUUAAUUUAUAAUGGAUCCAUUCUUGUUUUAGAGGUUAGUCUGGUAAGUAAGUAGAAGUAUAAAUACCGAUUAUAUCACCACAAAGAACAAUCAAAAAUGCAGAUUUAAACAGUUGGAGUGAGUCCUCCCAAACUUUGACUUUCAUACACCAAAGAACUAGCCACAUAUUCACUGAAAAUAGCCACUGAAAACCUCUUUUGUCAGGCACGCGGACCUACACUCCUGAAAGAGUAGACCUCUUACAGCUUUGAUGGUGCGACUGUCAAAGCUACAAAGAUGCUGUAGCUCCUCUUUUCAGGAGAAAUCUGAGUAAUUUUAUGCUUGUAACUUAUUGAAGAUUUUUGUGUGCAUGGUUGGUUGUUUCUGCAUGCUGAGAACAUUCCACUUGUGCUCUGAGAAAUGCUUUGUUUUGAUGCUCUGAAGAAUCCCCUGAUGCCACCACCACUGUUUCUUUUCCAAAGUAGUUUGGGAAAGGCAGGCAUAAAAAUAAUCCUUUUGGAAAAGAUCUUAUCAACAAGAGAUUCCAGAACAAGAUUCACAGGAAGCGUCGUUUUAUUUUUCUGAUGGUUAUGUAUUCAGUAUAUUUUAAAAGACUGAAGUAUUCAUGAGCUUCACUCUGUAAGUAAGUUGUUCCAAUAGCUGUCUUGGGCUUGCAAGUAUGUUUUCCUUUUCAAGUAGCCAGUGUAUUGUAAUGUAAAAAUCUACAUGUACUUAAGGUCUUUUUUUUGUGUGUACACCUGUAGAAAGCCUAUGCAACCUUUUUUUUUUUUUUUUUUCUCUAUUUCUUUUCUUCCUUAAAGUAGAAAUGGUCAGAACGCAGAUUUACACCUUUAUCAUUUAAAAGAUGCUCUGGCAGUCUCUUCUGAUUUGCCUUCCUCUCAUAAUCUGUGAAUUUAAAAUGACAAUGCUCAUGAAUAAAAAAUUUGUUUCAUUUA